AUGAUGUCUUUUGUUCUUCUGUUUCUGGUGAGCAUCUUGUUUCCUGCCAUACAGGCCAAGCAACUGACAAAAUGUGAGAUCCCCUGGGUGCUGAAGGACUUGGAUGGUUAUGGCGGUAUCACUUUGCCUGAAUGGGCCUGUAUUAUAUUUCAUACCAGUGGAUUUGACACACAAACCAUAAUAAAAAACAAUGGCAGCACAGAGUAUGGACUCUUCCAAAUCAGUAAUAACUUUUGGUGUAAGAGUCACCAGAUCCCUCAAUCAAGGAACAUCUGUAACAUCACCUGUGAGAGUCUCCUGGAUGAUAACCUCACUGACGACGUGAAAUGUGUCCAGAAGAUUCUGGAUAUCAAAGGAAUUGAUUACUGGUUGGCCCACAAAGCACUGUGCUCUGAGAAGCUGGAACAGUGGCGCUGUGAGACGUUGUAGACGCCUGCUGACUUGGUAGCUGAG